CAGUGGCUGCCACUGUUGUACAGUCGAGGUCAACCGAAGAAUCACGCAAGGAAACAUUCACACAGAGAGAAAAUAAAAUAAAGAAAAGAGAAGAGAAGAGAGAAGUUUUUAGUGGUAACAAUGGCGAGUUCUUGGUCGAUCGGUCUCCAUUACUCUGCGUCAGUGCAGGCGUGCAGCAGCAGUGCGAGCAUUUACUCGCCUCCACCAACUGAUUCGCUUCACCGCAAUAACUCCCCCCUACCUCCUCACUCUACUACUCGUCUACUACUCCCCCAUCGCCAUCGUCUCCCACACCUCCGAAUUCCGAAUCCCUCCUCACUUGCUCCCUGCACUGCAGUGCACCAAGCAGCAGCAGCAGCAGCGACACGGCGACGUGGUGCUAUUAAUUUCGUCGCCGCCGUCUCGCGCAGCUGCCAGGCCACCACUGUGCGCGCGAUGCUCUUUGCCCCCCGCGAAGACGAGCAGCGGCAGCAGCUUCCAUGCUUGGCGAUUCGAUGCCAUGUAGGAAGACGAAGAUGAUGAAGCUAGCGUAGCCUAGUGAUGGCUCAACCCGCCAUGGAAGGGACGGUGCAGGGUGGAGGAGGAGGAGGAGGAGGAGCACAAGAACCUCGCGGACAGUACGGCGGAGGCGGCAAGAACGGCGGCGACGCCUCCCCGCGCAAGCAUGCCGCUGCCGCUGCCGCUGCCGCCUUGCCGCGACACCGGCGAUCCAAGAGUGCUUCUUCCGAUCGGAGCCUGGAGCCAUGCAAGCACGCGGCGUUGCACGAUCAGCGCUGCACCCAAGCAGCACAGGCGACGCCGAGCUCUCAUCACCAACCGGACGCGACGACGAGGAAAUCCCACGCCGCCGCCGCCGCCGCCGCCGAGGGCUCCUCCAUCCACCAUGUACUGACGAGAGAUCGCAGCAGGGCGAGCGCGUCGCCGAACCAUCGCGUCUCGCUGGAGAAUGAUCAGAUCAGGCAGCUGCAGCUUAACCUGCAUCAGGAGAGGUCGAUCCGGAUCAUGCUUGACCGGGCGAUUGGCCGCGCAUCCAGCACUCUGUCUCCUGGCCACAUGCAUUUCCCAGCUCAGACAAAGGAACUGAUUGCAGAGAUUGAAUUGCUUGAAGAGGAAAUCGCAAACCGUGAGCAGCAUGUUCUUACCCUCUACAGAAGCAUCUUCGAUCAAUCUGCGUCUGGAGCAUCCUCAGGGCAGAGUUCUGGUCUUUCUUCCCCAGCGCAUACCAAGAGUAUCAGCUCUAGAACAAGACGGCAUCCGAGCAUAAUAUCGAGUGCAUUUUGCUCAUCUAAGAAGCUCCCGCUCCAACCUUUCCAAAUCAUGACAUCGGUAUCGGAGUCGGGGAGAUCGAAGAGUAUGCUGAAAACCAAGAUUAAGCAUGAAUCUUUCUCAAGUGAAACAUUGGAUAUUCACCCUGCAACCUUCCCACCAGAUCCAAGGAAGCUUCCUUAUUCAGGAAGUAGUUCUUUGACUCGGACCCUGAAAGAUCACCUCUACCAAUGUCCAAGCAAAAUAUCCGAAGAAAUGGUUAGAUGCAUGGCCUCCAUAUACUGUCUUCUUCGCACCGAGUGUCCCGAAAACCCUGAAAAGGUCCGUUCACCAUUCUUGUCGAGGUCAUCAACAAAUGUCAUUCUUCCUCGGAGAGGAAACGGAGAGGACACUAAUUUGUCAAACACCAAAUGUACGGUGGAAGUAUCUUCAAUAUCAGCUGAUAAGAAUCACAUGCCAGAUGUCUCUUAUGCAAUUACGCACUACAGGUUGCUUGUGGAGCAGCUUGAAAGGGUUGAUCUGAGUAUGUCAGAAACCAAUAUUAAAUUGGCCUUCUGGAUCAAUGUGUAUAAUUCUCUUGUCAUGCAUGCAUAUCUAGCAUAUGGCAUUCCAAACAGUUCUCUGAAAAGAAUGGCUCUAUUUCACAAGGCUGCCUACAAUAUUGGAGGCCAUGCAGUCACGGCCAAUUCCAUCGAACACGCUCUACUAUGCUGCAGAUCUCCACGGAUUGGUCGUUGGUUUGAAUCCAUACUGUCGACGGCGAUGCGGAAGAAAUGCGCAGAUGAGAAGCAACUCGUCCAGCUCAAAUUCGGCCUGCCGGACUGCCAGCCUCUCGCCCUGUUCGCUCUGUGCACAGGAGCUUCAUCUGAUCCCAUGCUGAAGGUGUACACGGCGAAGAACAUCAGUGAGGAGCUGGAGCGUGCGAAGCGGGAGUUCCUGCAGGCGAGCGUGGUGGUGAGGAAGUCCAAGAAGGUGUUCCUGCCGCGCCUCGUCGAGCGGUACGCCCGGGAGGCCGGCCUCGCCGGCGCCGACGAGCUCCUCGCGUGGGCGCGCGACAACGCCGACGCCCGCGCCACCCAGGACGCCAUCCAGCGGCUGUGCGUCGACGCCGGCGGCGGCCGGAGGAAGGCAGCGCAGGCCGUCGAGUGGCUCCCCUACAACGCCAGGUUCCGCUACGCCUUCCCCCGGACCAUGGUCGACAAGCCACUCUUCUGAGCAAGAAACAAGCGUACAUUCUGAUGCUCCAAUGUUUCGCGCUGCAUUGUUGUUUUGUGAUCUUGAGAUGAAGAAUUGAAGAUGAGAUGAGAUCAGUGACAAAGUUCAGAAGUGCUACAUCUAUUUUUGCUGUGCCGUGUACAGAAUUGGAUUGUUGCUAAUAUCUAGUAGCAAUGGAUUCCUUGAGAAUGUUGCUGUGUUUU